AUGGAGGUUGAUGGAAGCAAAUUGAGUACUAUUGUGCCAGAACCUCCACUUACGCCACCGCAAGAGCCGCUGCGAAAACUCAUUCCGGUGGCGGCCAUAGCAGCGGGGGUGCAAUUCGGGUGGGCACUUCAGCUCUCUUUGUUGACUCCGUAUGUGCAGCUUCUGGGUAUUCCCCAUACCUGGGCUGCCUUCAUCUGGCUGUGUGGGCCAGUCUCCGGCUUGUUCGUGCAGCCGAUUGUUGGCUACUACAGUGACAAUUGCUCCUCCCGCUUUGGGCGGCGCCGCCCCUUUAUCGCCGCCGGUGCCGCACUUGUCGCUGUCGCCGUUUUCCUAAUUGGGUUCGCCGCGGAUAUUGGUCAUGCCUCCGGGGACCCCCUGGGCAACGACGGCAAGACGGUGAAGCCCCGUGCCAUUUCUGUGUUUGUCGUCGGAUUUUGGAUCCUUGACGUAGCCAACAACACGUUACAGGGACCUUGCAGAGCCCUGUUGGCUGAUCUUUCUGGUGGAAAUGCUCAGAAAAUGAGGACUGCAAAUUCUUUUUUUUCUUUCUUCAUGGCGGUGGGGAAUGUGCUUGGUUAUGCAGCUGGAUCAUACACUCACUUGUUCAAAAUAUUUCCUUUUACCAAAACAAAAGCCUGUGAUGUGUAUUGUGCAAAUCUCAAGAGCUGUUUUUUCCUCUCAAUAUUUCUCCUGUUGACUCUAACAAUAUUGGCUUUGACUAUUGUGCGUGAAACGGCCGUUGUCCCUUCACAGGCCGAGCCACCAGAAAACAUAGGUCAUGGGGUGGUUAAGAAGAGGAAAAUACCAGUUUUGGGGGAGUUAUUUGGUGCAUUGAAGGGCUUACCUAGGCCCAUGAGGAUUUUGCUCUUGGUGACUUGUUUAAAUUGGAUUGCUUGGUUCCCGUUCUUGUUGUUCGACACUGAUUGGAUGGGGAAGGAGGUGUACGGAGGGCAGGUGGGGGUAGGGAAGUUGUACGACCGUGGCGUACGUGCAGGGGCACUCGGGCUGAUGCUGAGUGCUGUGGUGUUGGGGUGCGCCUCCCUCGCUCUUGAGUUAUUGGCACGUGGACUCGGUGGGGUGAAGCGGCUUUGGGGUGUUGCCAACUUCUUGUUAGCCAUUUGCUUGGCCAUGACCGUCUUGAUCACCAAAUUGGCGCAGUCUACACGCCGACAUGCCAUCCACAAUGGUGAUGCUAAUCCACCACCGGCCACUGGCGUCAAGGUCGGUGCUUUGGCCCUCUUUGCUAUUCUUGGCAUUCCUCAAGCGGUGACUUUCAGCAUCCCAUUUGCUCUAGCGUCUAUAUUUUCUAGUGAUUCUGGGGCAGGACAAGGUCUGUCACUCGGAGUUCUAAAUCUUGCUAUAGUUGUACCACAGAUGGUGGUAUCGGUGCUAAGUGGACCGUGGGAUGCCUUGUUUGGAGACGGUAACUUACCGGCAUUCGUUGUGGGUGCCGUGGCAGCUGCGGCUAGCGGGAUAUUUGCACUCACCCUACUUACAUCUUUACCUUCCGAUGUUUCACCAGCAGAGGCCAUGAGCGCCAGAGGAUUUCAUUGA